CGAUCAUCCGUGUUUAGCAUGCAUCAAUAAAAUUGUUUUGUCAUUCUCGUUCAUACAGACUUUCACCCAGCUUCCUUUAUUACGAACUUGAUUCAAUCCCAGCACAUCAAAGCACAGCUGCCAUGUCUAGAGCCUUCUCUACCGCACGUCAGACCCUUGCAAGAUGGCUGGGGUACAACAAGGAACUACUUCCUCCCGUGUUCAAAGAGGCCGCCGAGCGCUACGUAGAGAACGGUGCUGUACAGGUAAGUUGUUGAAAUCUUAGGAGGCCCUUUGCUAAUUCUUGCUCAGAAACGGAUGCCAGCGAGGCUGCUGACCUGAGCCCUCGGAAGGUCAAAGACGACUACACUAUUUAUUUGUCUCGACCGUUUCGUCGUAAGAAGGGAUGGAGUGGUUUUGGGAUGCCACUGCUUUCAGACUUUGGAGAAGCUCGCAUCGGGGAGGUACACAAUGGAUUGGUGCAGCCCGACAUCUACCGCGCUCCCGAAGUGAUUCUCGGAAUGAGUUGGACAGCAAAAGUCGAUAUAUGGAACGUUGGAGUGCUGAUCUGGGAUCUCUUCGAGGACCACCAUCUAUUUGAUGGUAGGGGACCAGAUGGUCGUCAUUCUGAUGCCCAACUCCUCGCCGAAAUGAUAGCAAUGCUCGGCCCUCCACCUGCUGAAUUUCUGCGCAAAUCAUCCCUCAGUCAAAAUUACUGGGACAUCUCAGGCCAAUGGAAAGCCUCUGAAGUAAUCCCACCUAUCUCACUGGAGGAUUCUGAAGAGUAUCUGGAGGGAUCGAACAAGCAAAUGUUUAUGCAGUUCGUUAGGAAGAUGCUUCGAUGGGACCCGGAGGAGAGACAGAGCGCCCGUGAACUUUUAACAGACCCUUGGUUAAACAAUCAAAAGUAGUGUCAACCUUAUCCCCUGGCCCAAAGGGACUCCCGCCAUAGAAGAUACAACCAUAAAUGCUCCCCAAGCAAGCGUUUUCACCGAACUACGUUCUCUGGAUCCUGAGAGGCUGGAGUAACAUCCUUGGCAUCAAAUUAUAGAGGGCGUU